AUGGUGCAAUUUCAGCUUAUUCUUUCAACAUGCUCGUUGUUGGAUUUUUCCUUUAAUGCAUUCAAUGGCAACAUUUCUCCUGGACUCGGGGAGUGUUCAAAACUGCAAAUUUUUCGUGCUGGUUACAAUGACCUCUCAGGGUUACUUCCGAAGGAUAUCUACAAUGCCACCAAACUAGAAGAAAUUGCAUUCCCUUCCAAUUCACUCCAUGGAGCCAUAAGUGAGAAAAUUUUCAACCUCACUAACCUCGCAAUCCUUGACCUCUCCUUUAACCAAAUGAGUGGUGUGCUCCCUCUCCAUUUUGGACAGCUCUCCAAAUUGAAACUCUUGGCUCUUGGUUUUAACCAUUUCGAAGGUUAUUUGCCCCCAUCGUUGAUGAAUUGCACGAACCUUGUAGAAAUACAUAUGGCUGCCAACAACUUGGAAGGAGAUAUCUCCAUGGUCAAUUUCUCGAAACUUAGUCAGCUCAGUAAACUUGACCUAGUUCGAAACGACUUUACUGGUACAUUUCCAACAAGCCUUUAUUCAUGCCAGUCCCUAAAAGCUAUUCGGUUGACUGCAAAUAAUAAUACAAAGGGACAAAUCCAACCUGAAAUUCUUUCAUUGAAAUCUUUGACCUUUCUUUCACUUGGUGGCUUAACCAACAUCACUGGGGCGAUGAAGAUAUUAAUGCAUUGUAAAAGUCUUCAAGUACUCAUCAUUGCAUAUUCAUUCAAAGGUGAGGAAAUGCCAGUUGAUGAAGGUAUGGUUGAUUUCGGUGGGUUCCAAAAUCUUCAAUCGUUCACCUUUUAUUACUGUGAGCUCAUUAGUCAAAUGCCCUUAUGGUUAUCAAAACUCAAGAAUUUAAAGAUCUUGGUUCUGGAAGGUUGUAGACUUACAGGGCCAAUUCCUAGAUCGUUGGCGACCCUUCCCAAACUCUUCUUCUUGUUCUUGGUAGACAACCAACUUUCUGGUGAAUUUCCAAAAGAACUUUGUGGACUACCAAGGUUGGUACAUGAACCAACCACAGAUCAAGUAGACGAUUAUAUUGACCUGCCUAUCUACACGGAUGCGGGUCUAACUUACCCGCAAAGAUUGUCUAACUGGCCACCAACAAUAUCCGUAUCUUUCAAUCACAUUCAUGGUAGAAUACCUACUGAGAUCGGCCAAAUGCACCUUCUCCACAACUUGGAUUUUGCUGGCAACUACUUUUCCGGCAACAUUCCAGAACAAAUAUCCAACCUCAAAAAUCUAGAGAAUUUGAGCCUCUCUAUGAAUCAUUUGUCUGGAAACAUCCCGUUGUCAUUGGCAAGUCUUAAUUUCUUAAAAUAUUUAAAUGUCUCGUACAAUGAUCUCGAAGGACCAAUCCCAACAAGCACUCAGCUUCAAAGUUUCAAUGCUUCUGCGUUUGAGGGGAAUUCAGAAUUGUGUGGCUCUCCACUUCACAAUGAGUGUCUACCAAUUAAGGGCAUUGAUGCAGAUAGCAAGAACAACCAAGGUGUGGACAAUGAGCAUGAUUUUCCAUGGUUGUAUAUAUUCAUUGCACUAGGUUUCAUCCUAGGGUUUUGCGGGAGUGUGUGGUUCUUUAAUUGUUAA